AUGAUCCCCCCCCUUUUUAUUUUGGGCCUACCCUUCAAAUUUCUAUGCUAUUAGAUAAUUAUCAAUGGGUGCCAAGCAAAACACAGGAAAAAAAAAUGCAAAACAUAAAGUGAUUUCGCAAGAAUCAAAUGCUGCUAUUCUGUUAUGUCCUUUCUUUAAUUCUUUAUCUUUGUCCUAAUCUCCUCCCUUUCCUCUGUCAUUUAGUGAUCUUAAUCAAACCAGGACGAAGAUGUUUCUAACAAGGACUGAGUAUGACCGUGGAGUUAAUACGUUCUCUCCUCCUGAAGGCCGGCUAUUUCAGGUUGAAUAUGCUAUUGAGGCCAUCAAGCUGGGAUCAACUGCAAUUGGGUUGAAGACAAAAGAAGGUGUUGUCCUUGCAGUUGAAAAGCGUAUCACUUCACCUCUGUUGGAGCCAAGCAGUGUUGAGAAGAUCAUGGAAAUUGAUCAGCACAUAGGUUGUGCAAUGAGUGGACUAAUUGCUGAUGCUCGAACACUUGUUGAGCAUGCGCGAGUUGAAACUCAGAAUCAUAGGUUCUCUUAUGGGGAGCCAAUGACUGUAGAGUCUACAACCCAAGCUCUAUGUGAUCUAGCCUUGCGGUUUGGCGAAGGUGAUGAAGAAUCAAUGUCACGACCCUUUGGAGUGUCUCUCCUCAUUGCGGGGCAUGAUGAGAACGGACCUAGUUUAUAUUAUACUGAUCCGUCAGGAACAUUUUGGCAAUGCAAUGCUAAAGCUAUUGGUUCAGGCUCAGAAGGAGCAGACAGUUCUCUGCAAGAACAAUACAACAAGGACCUAACUCUUCAAGAAGCUGAGACCAUCGCUCUAUCCAUUCUCAAGCAAGUUAUGGAAGAGAAGGUGACUCCCAAUAACGUUGACAUUGCUAAGGUGGCUCCGACGUACCAUCUCUAUUCUCCCUCGGAGGUGGAAGCUGUGAUUAGUCGCCUAUGAUUGCCCUUCUGCAUGAAAUCUGCUGUCGUUAACUUCUUUGAUUCUCCUUCGUUGUGCCUUUACUUCAUCAGUCUUGCGUGGAAAGUACAUAAUUUGUCAAUAACUACUUGGACUUGUUAUGGUUUUAAAGGUGCAUAAUUUACUUGAUGCUACUCGUGAAUUUGCAUAAUGUUAUCGAGUUAAACUCUUAAAACUAUUUAGAGUUUGGGAAAAGUUACAACUCAUGGGACGUUUGAGAACUGCAUGUAGCCAAUGGCAGUUAGCUGCUAUAUUCUUUGCGAAUUUGAGGAGGUUGGUUUAGGUC